CUUGUCAAAAGUUUAUACUAUUAACUAUGGAAACCUUGAUUUCAUGACUCUCAAAUCUCAAUUAAACACACAAAUCGUUGCUUUGUUUCUAAAGUUUGGCCGAGUGUUGAUGUUUCCCAUCAUCUAACUGCUUAAUACAAUUGACCACAAAUAAACAAAACAAAUGACACUUUCUCUUUAAAAAGAUGAGCAAUAGCAAACAGAAAAAGUGAUGAAUCCACAAUCAGUCACCAAAGAAAGUUCGUAAAUUCACCCAAAUCUAUAAGUGACAGAAACGACUGAAUUGAGAGAGAUUGAGAAAGAUAACCCAAAUCAAGACGACCGAGUCUUAUACUCUUUGUUAAACUAGUUUUCAAUUUCUUGAUUAAUCUCCCCCACCAAGUCGUUCCAAAAACAAAGAGACAUCAAAUCAAAUACAAUAACUAGGAUCAAUCAAUUAUCCAAAAUUUCCCCCCACGCGUUUAGAACAUUCCAAUUUGCUCAAACAAUUACACGGUUCCUGAGUAAUGACUCGUUCUUUUGUUCCACCUUCCAAGAUGUUUCCUCUUUCUCUUUUCAAUUCUGUACUUAUUUCCUGUUAAAAAGCAAUAAACAAUUACAUUAGCAAUUGCAUGUCGAUUUUAAUGUUCUGUUUCCCCCAUUUGACUUUUUCUUCUAUCCCUCUUAGUUGAAACUUGAGACCUUCUUUACCAAAAUCCCUCCUACCGUCCUUCCAAACCCACCUCAAAAAACUCUCUUUUCCACCAUUUCUUUCCAUUUCUUCCUUCAAUCUCCUAUACCCUUUUCUCAAAAUCUGCUAAAAAUUAUUUCUUUCUGAUCGAGAAAUUGGUUUUUAUGAAUUAAUACGCCAAACACCUUCACGCGUAUUAAUACCAUUUCCGUCUGGUCCAACCAAGUUUUUUAAAGCCCUGAAGAGUUUUUGGUAAGAAACCCAAAAAUGAAUGAUCUGUUUUCAGGCUCUUUCUCUCGCUUCCGCAGCGAAGAAGCUUCCCCUGAUCACCACGUAAUCCAGAUGACUCGAUCCUCCACCUCCGGCGGUGUCAACCUCGACAAGUUCUUCGAAGAUGUCGAGUCCAUCAAAGACGAGCUCAAAGAACUCGAGAGGCUGAACGACAGCCUGUCGUCAUCUCACGAGCAAAGCAAGACGUUACACAACGCGAAAGCCGUGAAAGAAUUGCGAGCAAAGAUGGAUGCUGACGUAGCCAUGGCUUUGAAAAAGGCCAAGCUUAUUAAAGUUAGGCUGGAAGCACUUGAUCGGUCCAACGCGGCAAACAGGAGCUUGCCUGGGUGCGGACCAGGGUCUUCUUCAGACAGGACGAGGACUUCGGUUGUGAACGGACUGAGAAAGAAGUUGAAGGAUUCUAUGGAGAGUUUUAAUGGGUUGAGAGAAAAGAUCUCGUCUGAGUAUAGAGAAACUGUUCAGAGAAGGUAUUUCACGGUUACCGGAGAAAACCCAGAUGACAGGACUCUUGAUCUUUUGAUUUCAACAGGCGAGAGUGAGACUUUUUUGCAAAAGGCCAUUCAAGAACAAGGGAGGGGAAGAAUUUUGGACACAAUCAAUGAGAUUCAAGAAAGGCAUGAUGCUGUUAAGGAUUUGGAGAAGAAUCUCAAGGAGUUGCACCAAGUUUUCUUGGACAUGGCAGUGCUGGUUGAAGCUCAAGGUGAGCAAUUGGAUGAUAUUGAGAGCCAAGUGAACAGAGCUAAUUCAUUUGUGAGAGGUGGGACUGAGCGGUUGCAAACAGCUAGGAAUUACCAGAAAAAUACCCGGAAAUGGACUUGUUAUGCUAUCAUACUUUUGCUGGUUAUCAUCUUGUUUGUAGUUUUAUUCACUGUGAGACCAUGGGAAAACAAUGGUGGUGGUGGCGGCAACAGCACUCCAUCUCAAACGCCAGUAACCCCAUCUCCACCUCCACCCACCGCUUAACCAUAUGUUGCUGUGUUUAGGCAUCGAACAGUGAUAGCCUUGCAGUAUUCUUGUUUGAGAUCUGAGUUUUUACAUUUUCCUUUUUCUUUGGAUUGGUUUAGUGAAUCUACAAGAUGAAAUGUUGAUGGGCUGAGACAUUUGGUUGAAUGGCUUGGAAGCUUUCCACUGCAUUUCUUUUUGUUAUUUAAUGGAAAGCUGGGGAUACUGGAUGGGGCUGGAUUGCUAAAGGAAUGCCAUAAUUUCCUUUCAGAAUUCAGAUAGACUUCCUUGGAGAGACACCAUUUUGAUCAUUGAUUCUUUCCUGUAACUAGUAUUAUUGGUUCAGUUCUUUCCUGUUUUCUCGGUUGCUACAGGUACUGUUUAUAAAAGUAUGUUCCAUUUGAUAUAUACCAUCUUAUUAUUCUAUACUCUAUAGUUUAUAAAUAAAUUUUAGUUCUUGGGUAAUAUACAUUCCGGUCACCUGUUCCCUGAAUAUACAUUUUUGUGUGUACUUUGGAUUUGGAAUCAAAGUCAACAAUGGUGACCCUCCACUAACCACUUGGCAAAAGUUAAUAAGAAAUGGAAAUAAAUAAAUAAAUGUAGACAGAAAAGGACUGGUAGAUUUUCUUUUUAAAACAGGUUGGCACAUGAUGAUCAACCAUCUCUUUAUUUAUUUAUUACAUUAUUAUAAUAAUAAUUUUAUCAUUAUUGUCACAAUUUAGAAAAUGUGAACAGUAAAGUUGUUAAGGAAAAACAAAACUGUCAAGAAAGCUGGCUUUCAGGAGCUACAUAUGGAGAUAAGAAAUAGACAAAACAAGAUAUCAGAAUACAGAACACAAGGGAAAAAAAAUUGACUAAUGCUACUAUAAUCUUUUUAUUAUCAUGGUGGUUUUUCUUUUCGGCUUUUAGAUGCUUAUAAUACUAAGCCGCAUUGCUUUAAGAUUUUCUUUAUUUUUUUAUGUAUUAAGCAGAACUUACGGAAAAACUAUUGACAAAAAACAAUGGAAUAACACAAACUCUGGCGUGAAGUCGGGGAUGUGGAAUUUAAUAAUAUUUCCAAAGUAAAUAUCACCAGCGACUGGCAUUUGCCAUUUUCAUUCUUGUUGGAACUGUGAUAUCAAGUGUUGGUCUUAGGAGCCAGAUUAAGGUUCUGGUCCAAAAGGGCGUGGAUUCAAAUUCAACUCUCAACAUUUCGGCUUUUUGCUUUUUCUCACCUGUUCUUGGGCUACAUUUUUUUGUGGCCAAAUAUUUUGGGCUAAACUUAGCUCGACAUCUGACGAAAAGAAAUAUUCCAAAGCUGGAGAAAGCCUAGUGCUUUGCCGUUACGUCCAUUACGCGUAGGCAUCAA